AUGGGGCUCAGUGACGGGGAGUGGCAGCUGGUGCUGAAUGCCUGGGGGAAGGUGGAGGCUGACCUUGCCGGCCAUGGACAGGCUGUGCUCAUCGGGCUGUUUAAGGCUCACCCUGAGACCCUGGAUAAGUUUGAAAAGUUCAAGAACCUGAAGUCCGAGGAUGAUAUGAAGGGCUCGGAGGACCUGAAGAAGCAUGGCUGCACCGUGCUCACAGCCCUGGGUGGCAUCCUGAAAAAGAAGGGACAGCAUGCUGCAGAGAUCCAGCCUCUGGCCCAGUCACACGCCACCAAGCACAAGAUCCCCGUCAAGUACCUGGAGUUUAUCUCAGAAGUCAUCAUCGACGUCCUGAAGAACAAACAUUCCGACUUCGGAGCAGACGCUCAGGGUGCCUUGGGGAAGGCCCUGGAGCUGUUCCGGAAUGACAUUGCCGCCAAGUACAAGGAGCUGGGCUUCCAGGGAUAAGCAGCCUGCUCCCACUGCCUGGCCCCCCAAGCUGGGACCCAGUGCCAUGUAGCAAGUAGAGUGUGCAGUGUCCUAGGUUAGCAGAGAGCAGGAGAGGAGAAGGCAGCAUGGCGUCCAGGCAACUCACCCACACUCCUGGGGACAGGGCUCCAGGUGGUACCACCUGGGACCCGGAGGUGCAAAGAAGCCUCUGCUUCCUCAGUUCUGUUAGGUCAUGCUCAGUCCUCCUGUUACCUAAGUCCCAACCCACUUCCUUCUGGUUUCAGGAAAAUCCCUCUUCCCACUGGCACAUUUGAUCCCAAAUCCAACCCACUGACUACCAGACCCUGACUUCCAAUUGAGGUGGAGGGUUGCUUAGCAGGAGUGGAGGGUAGAAGGGAGGCCACAGGCAUCUGGGCGUCUCCUGCCACUCAAGUUCCCACUGACACACCUUGUUUCAAUAAAACGCCCUGGAAGU